CGUUUCUUCACUCUGCACAUACAGCUCGUACAGACUUCGGUUUAAAUUCAUAUUUGUAAUCCCUCUUUUUUUCUUUCUUCUGACCAAAAAUAAAAUAAAGCUUUUUUCUGUGGGUUCCAAUUCUGUUGAAUUGUUCGGAUUUACAGUUUGCAAACGCAAUCAAAGAUAAUAACAUUGCAUUUUUCAGAUCAGAUCGAACCAUGUAAUUUGGUUUUGUUGAAUUCGGAUCAGAUCGAGUUUGAAUUCAAUAUAUUUCAUUGCAGAAGCUUCAUAGCUUUGGGUGAAAUCGAAAUCAAAAUCAAAAUGGGGUUUUCGGUGACAAGCCUAAUUUUUGUCGCGAUCGGAUUCAUUGUUUCUCUCUGUACCAGAAUCUGUUACAACAAAGGUCCUUCUGCAAAUCUGUUCCACCUAACAUUGGUUAUUACUGCAACAGUAUGUUGCUGGAUGAUGUGGGCAAUUGUGUAUCUUGCACAGAUGAAACCGCUCAUAGUCCCAAUUUUGAGCGAAGGGGAGUGAGGUGCUAUCAGCAGAACAAACCCAAUCCUCUUGCAUUGUGAAGGGUUUAGUGGGAAUGAAGAUUAUCGUAUUCAAGAACACGAAGAACCCAAAAUCUUUUUUCAGAUUUGUACUGGUAAUUUCUCAUCGGUGAUGCAAACAGCUUUGUAUUGAUUUUUUUUUUUUUUUGCAUAUUGUGUUGCGAGCUGUAAAAGUGUUAGUUCAUUUUUUGAGAUCUUCAUUAUGAAAUAAUUGAUGGAGAAAGCCACAUACUGAGAAACUUUUUUGAAUGUUAAUUUAGUGCAAUUUAUUUAUUUAUUUAUUUUUGGCCAAGUUCCCAUCCA